AUGUUGCUUUUCUUGUCCUUCAUUUCUCUUCUUUUCCACGGGGCAUCUGCCGCCUAUAUACCCACUGCUGAACUGAUUCAGAUCGACAAUGGCCUUCUGCCGAGGCAAGCAUCAUCGACUUCUGGCAGUCCGUCAACCACGAGCCUAACGCCCGAUUCCCAGUGCACCAAUGGGCCAUUUACGCGCCAAUGCUGGGGCAACGGCUUCAGCAUCGCCACCAACUACGACAGCACCUGGCCCAACACCGGCAAGGUGGUCGAGUACUAUCUCGAGGUGCAAAACACCACCAUGGCGCCGGACGGGUUCUCCAGGCCCGUGUACGCCAUCAACGGCCGUUUCCCGGGACCCACGAUCGUGGCCAACUGGGGCGACACGCUCAAGAUCACGGUGAAGAACAGCCUUACCACCAACGGGACGAGCAUGCACUGGCACGGCCUGCGGCAGUGGAAGACGAACCACAUGGACGGCACCAACGGUGUGACAGAAUGCCCACUUGCCCCCGGCCAGUCGCGCACGUACACCUUCCUGUGCACGCAGUUUGGUACGACGUGGUACCACAGCCACUUCUCGGACCAAUACACGGACGGCGUCGUGGGCACCAUGGUCAUCAACGGGCCCGCCACGGCCAACUACGAUCUCGAUCUGGGGGCCUACCCGAUCACCGAUUGGUACUACCGCAGCGCCUUCGAGCUGGGGCCACUGAUCCAGAACGGCGGGUUCCCACGCGGGCCACCGCCGGGCAACAACAUCCUCAUCAACGGCACCAACGUGAACGUCAACGGCACGGCCGGCCAGUACAGCCGGACGACGGUGACCAAGGGCAAGAAGUACCGGCUGCGGCUGAUCAACACGUCGACCAACGACAACUUCAAGGUCGGGCUGGACGGGCACAACUUCACCGUCAUCACGGCCGACUUUGUCCCCAUCAAGCCGUUCACGACGCAGUGGCUGUUCAUGGGCAUCGGCGAGCGGUACGACGUCGUCAUCGAAGCCAACCAGCCGAUCGGCAACUACUGGUUCCACGUCGUGCCGCAGGCCGGGUGCAGCAGCAACCUCAACACCAAUGCGCUGGCGAUCUUCUCGUACGUCGGGGCCAACUCGUCGGCGCUGCCCUCGAACGCGACGCGCGCCAACGCUCCCCCCGGGCCGGCGGACUGCAACGACCCCAACGGCCAGCUGGUCCCGUACGUCAAGCUCGACGUGCCCAGCAACUACACGAUCCCGCAGUCGUCGCGGCUGGACGUGGGCUUCGCGAUCGUGCUGAACCAGGCGCAGCAGACCCUGGUGCAGUGGAACCUGAACUUCACGGCCAUCCAGGUGCCCUGGGACGACCCGACGCUGCAGUACGUGCUCGCGGACAACACCAGCUACCCGGCGAGCAUGAACCUGAUCCCGCUGCCGGACGCCAACGCCUGGUCGUACUGGGUGAUCCAGGCGGUGCCGACCAUCGCGCCGCCCAUCCCGCACCCGAUCCACCUGCACGGCCACGACUUCUACGUCCUGGGCGCCGGACAGGGCAUCUUCAACAACUCGCAGACCCUCAACUACCGGAACCCGCCCCGCCGCGACGUCGCCAUGCUCCCGGCCUCGGGCUACCUGGUCAUCGCCUUCAUCACCGACAACCCCGGCGCCUGGCUGAUGCACUGCCACAUUGCCUGGCACGUCGGCCUGGGCCUGGGCGCCCAGUUCUUGGAGGAACCCGACCAGAUCAAGCAGCUGGGCAUCGGCCAGGACUGGUACAAGCAGUGCAGCGACUGGAACACAUACAGCCAGACCGCCGUGUUCCAGCAGGAGGAUUCAGGGUUGUAGGGAAGCCCGGCGACAAAGUAGGGUGGAGAAAAGUGUGGUUUUACGAUCAGCUGGCAACACAUGACUUGGAGCAUUUGUGGUGGACUUGGCCGUAUCUCUUCGUAGCAAGGGGACUGAUUUGUGUCAGAAUAGAUCGAUGGAGCAUAG